AUGCUCAUAAUGACGGAUCAAUUAGGUCGUUUAUUAGCUCAACAUGUUGUUGCAAUGCGUCCAAAAACUCUCGGUUUAACCGAAAAAAAGGUAUCGAAUGAUGAAGAUCGUUUAUUGUAUCAAAAACUCAUGGGUACGGAUAAAACUGUUUCAACAUUUAUGAGUGAAAAUCAACUUGUUAUUAAUGAUUUUGUUCGUUUUGAAUGUGGAGAAGAACGACAACAAUAA